AUGUCUCAACACGUUGGAAACCAAGUGGAGAACAGUCCAACAACUCCCGGGGGAGAUGGAAGUAGCAACAAAACUCCUCCUGAAAGAAAUGUCAAUGAUGAUGAAAAUGACGAUGAUGACGUUGAUGGUGAAGAUCUGCAAGAUAGCAACACCACCUCGUCAAAUGCAAAGUGGGGUGCACAAGAAGACGAUGCACUUGUCUCAGCUUGGAUAGAAUGUGCGAAUGAAGAUCCGGAGACAACAACUGAUCAGAGAUUGGCUAUGAUGUGGAAAUCCAUAUAUGAUUUGUAUGAGCAAGCUAGGAAAGACAAUUCUUCCACUAUCCGCCGCAGAACCUUGAGAGCUAUGAAAGGUCGUUGGGGUAGAAUAAACAAAGAUGUAAGCCUAUGGGUUGGGUGCUAUGCUGCGGCACAACGUAGAAAUGCAAGUGGUACCAACACUUACAAUGUCAUGACUGAAGCUCAAGAAAUGUAUAGUGCAUCAUGUAACGGAGCCCAGUUCACUUUAAUCAGUAUAUGGGAUGUGUUAAAAAAAUCUGAUAAAUGGAGGCUAACAAACAAGCAAGUGCCGAAUACUAGUGAAAGUGAUAGCUCCAAAAGUUCAGAUCCAGAUACUCCAACGGAAGCAGGUCGGCGUGGACGUCCAGAUGGGGUGAAAAAGGCAAAAAGAAAAGAUAAAUCUGUAGCUAGUUCUGGAAUUAGUAGUUUAGAUUCGUUUACUCAAGCCCUAUUAGAGAUGAAUGUGAUGAAAGAACAAUACAAAAGUGUUGAUGAGAAGCGAGCUGAUGUAGCGCAACAAAUGUUGGAUUAUCAAAAGGAGCGAGAUGUUGAGAAGAAAAAAAGGAAAAGAGGUAUUUUCGAUUAUAUGGUGAACGACUAUGUUGAGUGGCAUGAAUCAAUUACUCAGAGGCGUAAGGAAGAGGAAUUAAUUGAGGAAGCGAUCAAUUCAGCUGUUGUCCCCCUUGUUACCUCUACUUUUCAGGUCCCAUUCACUCCCAAUCCAAAGAAGCAAAGGUGGUACGUACCAAGAGAUCGUGAAGAUGAUGAUACACGGUUAUAUAAUGACUACUUCAGUCCCAAACCACUUUAUAAUGACGAUAUGUUUCGUCGAAGAUUUCGCAUGCGUAAACACGUUUUCACGCGCAUUGUUGAGGAGCUAAGUGAAAGUAACGAAUACUUUCGACAAAGGGCUGAUGCCACUAGAAGACUUGGUGCUUCGUCUUUUCAAAAAUGCACUGCGGCAAUGAGGAUGUUGGCUUAUGUUAUAGCAACCGAUGCAGUUGAUGAAUAUCUCAAAAUUGCGGCAAGUACAGCAAGAGAUUGUCUCCAACACUUUGUUGAAGGGGUUAAUUGUUAA